CUCCUCUCACCUCUCCGCAAGAUGAGACCUCUCUUCUCCCUCUACCUUGCCGUCCUCCUCACCACCUCCGGUGCCUCCCCCACGGCCGUCCAGCAGCAGACCUGCACCAGCCCCGCCACCGUCGAGGACGCCUGCAAGCUCGUCGCCAACAAGCAGGCCUCCGUCGGCUACGACUUCUGCGUGAAGUCGCUCGGCAAGGUGACGUCGCUGUCCGGGUCCGUCGACCUGCGAGAGAUCGCCGUGGUCGCGACGAGGCUGGCCGUCGACCACGCGGCCAGCACCGAAGCCAAGAUCGAGGAGCUGAUGGACCUGGAGACCAACCCCAAGGUGAAACGGUGCUUCGGCGCUUGCUUGGACGUGUACGGGGACGCGGUCGAGCACAUGAAGGACGCGCUCGACAACCUCUCCAACCGGCUCUAUCCGAGGGCGUCGGCGUUGGUGGGCGGCGCCGUCAACGCGCCGGACAAGUGCGAGGAAUCCUUCAAGGAUACCAAGGGAUCCUUUACUUUGGCCGCAGUGGACAAGGAUUUCGGCAGGUUGGCCAGCAUCGCCCACGGCAUCAUCGUCUCCUUGGAGUGAUUUGUUUGUUUCAAGCCUUUCCUCAAUGUGUUCGACCUAAUCUCUUCUUUCUUCCGUUUACGUCUUGGUAACUGAGAGCAAGAGUUCAUGUCAUUUAGCAUAAUUCACACUUUAUUAUUUGUUAUAGAGUUAAUGACUU